AACUCUCCCACCCGCCUUCCUCCUCCUCCUCAUUCUCCAUCUCCUCCCUGCUUGUUUCUGUCUGUCCUCGGCAGAGACGGCUCGCAAUGGGACAGAGCUCAUUCCGAGUGGUGGAGUAAGUUUGAAACAGGACUUGUGACUAUUAAAGGAGUCGAUGCUGCAGCCCGGGAAAUGUCUUGUGGACUCUUGUUAGUCAUUUAGCGAUUUCAUUUCUCCGAGGACCUUUGUUUAUAUCUGAGCAUUUCCCGAGCGCGAAAGGGAAAAAAGUCCGUGGAAUAACUGAAGCUACUGGGAAACCACUUUGUGCGUCAAGAUGAAGACAAGUCAACAUUUCAUUUUGACAAUAUUGGGAGCUGUUGUGCUGCUGGUGCGUGUGUUGUCUUUCAACGUGGACCAGAAAAAUGGUUUGUCAUUCAGCGGUCCACUGGAGGACAUGUUUGGCUACACUGUGCAGCAGUUCGAGAACAGCGAGGGAAAAUGGGUUCUGAUUGGAUCACCACUGUCAGGCCAGCCAUCAAAACGAACAGGAGAUGUCUACAAAUGUCCUGUAGGGAAGAGGGACAACACGUGUGUCAAACUGGACCUGCCUAAAAGCACAACAGUUCCCAACUUGCGUGAAGACAAGGACAAUAUGACCAUGGGAACCACACUGGUCACCAAUCCCAACGGAGGCUUUCUGGCGUGUGGUCCUCAGUACGGCUACAUGUGCGGCGAGCUGCAGUACAUCUCAGGCAUUUGCGCGAAUGUCAGCUCUUCCUUCCAGGUCCUCAACUCCAUAGUACCGCCCGUGGAAGACUGUAAGAAGGAGCUGGACAUUGUGAUGGUUCUGGAUGGAUCUAACAGUAUCUACCCCUGGAGCAGUAUCACUGAUUUUCUUCACCGCUUCAUCGAGAACAUUAAGAUUGGGCCUGAACUCUCACAGGUGGGAAUAGUGUCCUACGGUGAGACUGUGACUCACCGUGUCAACCUGAGCCAGUUCGACAACACUGAUGAUCUGCUGGAGUUUGUCGAUCAGCUUCCUCAGCAGACCGGCUUCAGGACCAUGACUUUCCUCGGCAUUGAUACCGCCAGGAAGGAGGCCUUCAUGCCUGAACGCGGUGCACGACCUGAAGCAAAGAAAGUCAUGGUGAUUGUGACUGACGGAGAGUCACAUGACUUCUAUAAUCUAGACAAGGUCAUCAAAGACUGUGACGAAGAUGGCAUCGAGAGGUUUGGCAUUGCUGUUUUGGGAGACUACAGUCGUCAGAACAAAAGUACCGAAGAGGUGCAAAAGUUUAUCAAGGAAAUUCAGUCCAUUUCCAGUCAGCCAUUAAAAGACCACUUCUUCAACGUGGCUGAUGAGGUGGCGUUGUUGUCCAUUGUGGAUGCUCUGGGAAACCGGAUUUUUGCUUUGGAAGCCACCACCAGUAAUUUCACAUCCUCCUUUUCGAUGGAGAUGUCCCAGGCUGGCUUUAGUGCCCAUAAUUCCAAGGAAGGUCUGUUACUGGGAGCAGUGGGAGCGUACGACUGGAACGGGACAGUGGUAAUGCACAAAACAGGAGGAACAAUUGUUCCAGACAAGGAUGACUUUUAUGACCCAAACACUGAAGCCGGGUAUGAAAGAAUGGCUGCGUACACCGGCUAUGAUGUUCAGUCAGCAUCCACCCCUGGCGGAGUGCUGUAUAUCAUGGGUGCGCCGCGGUACAACCACACAGGCCGGGUUGUUAUCUAUCGUCUGAAUGAAAUGAACAGGACUGUCGUCUCGCAGAUACUGAAAGGAGAACAGAUCGGCUCCUACUUUGGCAGCGUCCUGCAGACUGUCGAUGUGGAUGGAGAUUCCUACACAGAUAUCCUCUUGGUCGGAGCGCCCAUGUACAUGGGCUCAGAGAGAGACGAGCAGGGAAAAGUCUACGUUUAUAAAGUUGAUGAGGCCGGCCAGUUCACGCACGAGUUCACUUUGAAGCCUGUCAAUCAGUCCUGUUGUACUGCCCACUCAGCCAGCUGCACUCAUAAGAAUGAACCAUGUGGUGCCCGGUUUGGCACAGCCAUUGCGGCCGUGUCAGAUCUCAACCUGGACGGGUUUAACGACGUUGCAAUCGGUGCACCUUUUGAGAACGAUCACAGAGGAGCUGUCUACAUCUACCAUGGAGAUAAGAAGACACUGAAAGAGAAUUUUGUGCAGCGGAUCCCUGCAGGUGGGGACGGCGAAAAGAUGAAAUUCUUCGGUCAGUCCAUACAUGGAGUCAUGGAUCUUAAUGGAGAUGGAAUCACUGAUGUUACCAUAGGAGGUCUGGGAGGGGCUUCGCUGUUCUGGUCCAGGGACGUUGCAGAACUCCAUGCCAACAUGACUUUUGACCCCAUGAAGAUAAACCUGCAGCAGUCUCAGUACCAGUGUGAACACGGUGGACACACAUCUGUGUGUGUGAAAACUGAAGUGUGUUUCUCCUACAGUAUCAAAUCUGACAAGCAAGACUUAGAGGCUUCUGCAGUGAUCCGCUACAGUCUGACCCUGGAUGCUCAACGUGCAAAAGCCAGGGCUUCAUUUAUUGGCUUGGAUGAUAAAAAUGAUCGUAAGAUUACCAAGAACUUCACCAUCAAAGCCAUAGAGCCAAAGUGUGUGCAAGAGCGCUUCAUGAUGUCGGCCCGGCUGGAUUUCCGAAACGCUCUCAUGGUGUCUUUGGAGUUCGGACUAGCUGAGGAAGACAAAGGCCCUGUCCUGGAUGAAAGCCUUCCCAAAUCCAUCAAUAAGACAAUUCCCUUGGUGGACUGUGGGAGUAAUGACAAGUGCAUUACUGACCUCUCCAUCAAAGCAAAAACUAGUGUAAACAGCAUGGUGAUCAGAUCAAACAAAGACAAGAUUGACGUGAACAUCAACAUUAGAAACAGCAAAGACAACGCAUACAACACCAAAGUCAUGCUCAGCUUCACACCGAACAUCAACUAUGCUACAGUGGAUCCGCUGAAGCUGGGCUGCUCUCCGAAUCAUACUAAAGCAGAGUGUCCCGUGGGAUACCCGUUCCUGGAAAGAAAUAGCGAGGAAAAUUUCAAAGUCACAUUUGACGUGAAUCCCAAAUAUAUUCAGGAGGUAAUUCAGAUCAAUGUGACAGCUACAAGUGACAGUGAUGAGCCAGAAUCAACACUGAGUGACAAUACAGUCCAUCUCUCCAUCCCUGUGAAGUAUGAAGCAGGGCUCAUAUUCUCAGUGCGGCCUGUGGAUGAACACAUUGUAGUAAAAGAGGGUGAACAAUAUUCCAGUGUUUUCAAUGACACCAGGAUGAUUGGGGAGGAGAUCAACAUCAGCUACACGGUGGAGAGGACCGGUGAUGUGGUGACUCCGCCCGUUGACCUCACGGUGACGUAUCCUCGUCGGUCUCCUCGGGAGAACACAUUAUUGUACCUCACACACGUCACCAACAGCCCAGAGGUGAAAUGUAAUGCAGCGCAACUGAUUAACACUGAAAACAUUAACCCAGACAAUGUAAAGCCCAAUCCCAAAAAAGAAACACUCAGUACCUUCCUGUUGAGCUGUUCUGAAAGUUCUAACUGUGCGUCAUUUACCUGUGAGAUCUCCGAGGCUAAGCUCAGUCAGGUCAAUGUUACAUUCAGAGUGUGGAAACCUACAUUCAUUAAGGGCGAGUUUUCCACUCUGAACAUGUGGGUGAAUGGUACUCUGUGGAUCAAAAACACAAACCUGUUUGAACUGAGCGAAAGUGACAGGACCAGAAAAGUGAAGAUCCAGGUUUCGAAGGAGACCUUAGGAGGGAUCCCUAUUUGGGUCAUCAUAAUCAGCAUCCUGAUAGGACUGCUGAUCUUAGCACUCGUCAUAUUUGCUCUUUGGAAGAUGGGCUUCUUCAAGAGAAAGGACUACACAAAGGAGGAAAUAAUGGACUGAAGUACCUAGACAGCAAGCAGCUCUGUGAGUGAGGUCGCACAAAGUGACAAGCAGACUUUUAAACAGACGGAGAAGACGCCACGACCCACAAACACCUCACUGCUACGACACAGUGACUACCUGGAAAACACAAGUACUGCUCACUGUUUCCUGUGCAGGUCUGGGUUAAAUAAUGUUUGCAAAUACUCCCAAACUCUUGUUCUUUGAAGCUUUAAGCACUUGGUCACAACAUCGGGGCAGUUCAGGUGGUUUCAUACCCAGAAAUUGUUCAAACACACACCUUCUUUUUAAACAUCUCUGGCACUGACUAUAUGCAUUAAAAAAAUUCAGCCACCUGAAUUUCUACGCAAAACAAAUGCUAAAAGGUAUUUGCAAACAUUGUUUUGCUUUUGCAAGCAUUCUCGGUCAGUUUCUUUCUUGCAGAUAAAGUAAAGACAGCUCAGGCAGUUCAAGAAAAGGAACCAGAGAGGAGGAGGAAGACAUCACCUAUCAGGCACUUUUUGGAAAUAUCUGUAUUAUAUACAUUAUAACAGUUUUGCAAAAGCUUCAGAGCUGCAAUAGCUGUUUCAGAAAAAGCUUCAGAAAAAAAAAUACUCAGGUUUUUCGGUGUGAAGAUCCAAAGUUGCGCAAGUCACCUCACUUACUUCCUAUUUCAUUACAGCAACAGUAUCCAAUGUCUGUUUGCUCCUGAGACAAUAUGUGAACUUUUUAUGUGUUGGAGCAGUCUGUAUGAUAGCUUAGACUCUUGUGUUAAAGCGUAUGUGCUUGAUUAGGUUCAUAAAACACUGUAUCCUUCAGCAUUUUAUUUGACAUUUUUGUUGAGUUUUAGCAAUAUGAUGUGGCACAUUCUUCAUUCUUAUUUUCAAAAUGUUGUCUGAAGACACUGACCUGAACACAAGGUUUUUAGUUAACAAAGGUGCAGACCGUAUGCUUUUAUUUUUUAUACUUUUGAUCCUAGUUAACCAGUUAAAAAAAUGUCUUGUCCCUACUUCCAUGUUAAAUGCUUGUAAUUAGUUUCACCUUAGUUAUUGAGGGUUUCGGAAAGGUGUGCCUUCAAAAUCCAAACUUUGAUUGUACUGUAAAUAUAUGUAAGUGCUAAAACAUAUAGAGCUUAAAAAUGUACAUAAUUGUGUUUGCUUUAAAUCCUGUAAUUUAAGAGAUGUUAUCCACAGGCUUUAUCUUUUUUUGUGUGUUAUCAGUGGUCAGAGAACACGGUUUUGCUCAGGUGCUACUAGUAUCACAAAUGACAACAUUAACAUUUGACAUAUAGAAAAAAUAUCUGGCUUAUAUCACAGUUUUAAAUCUGAUGCAAAUAUGUACAUAUUGGUAUAUUUUGAUGAGAAAAUUACAGUAAUUCUUUACUGAAAAUAUAUAUGAAGAUGAAGAUUUGUAUCCACUACUUUGGUUUUAAGCUCAUUGAAUGACUGUUUUUGAAUGCAGAGGCUUCAACAUGAUUGAGAUGAGAUACGCCUGUAGCUUACUUUGAUUUCAGCUGUUUUAAUAUGCAAAGAAGAAGGUAAUAUACCGCCAUUAUAGAAAUAUACAUGUAUGUGUCACUAUUCACCAGCAGUUUUCUCUGUUACCAUAUAGUAAAUUGGAUUCACUGAUAAGCUCCAACAUGCACACAAAGCAUUAGCAGUAGGCUUAUUGUCACUUCAUAUGUGGUACACAAUACCUAACAAAAUUAUUCAUUCAGGUUGUCUGUCUUGUUUUUGUUUCCAGAAGUUGCACAGCUACACAGUAUGUUAAAAGAGAUUAUAUUGUAUGAUGGGGAGACUGAGUUUCUUCCUCUUUCUUGGCUUUUUCCCUCACUGUUUUACAAUAAAGCCGAGGGAAGAUGGCAAGAAGAGCUUUUGAAUAUUGAAACACUUCUCAGCGCCCACUCUCCACUGUUGACAUGAAGCACAUGUAAUAUUUUUUUGUACAGAAUGUGUAACUGAUAGUCAUUUUAAGAUUGUAUGGCUAAAUUGGGCUUAUGCACGAGGGGUGGAGUCAUGAGACUCUUUUUGUCCACUUAGAAAUAUAGAAAGAGGUAGUGGGGGGUAGUUUUCUCAGAUCUUACCCCCUAUUAAAUUCUGAGAAAGAGUCAAGACGAAGAAAAGGCACAAUGUGAGAGUUGUGAGCUCCACCCCAGCCUUCUACACUGCUGUGAAGUCUUCAUUGUAAUGCACUGGUUUGUCAGACUGUAUGUGUCCUCAUCAGCACAGAAAUGAAAUGAAUCAUAUGUACAAAAAUAAAGAUGU